AGUCUCUCCUCCUGAAACACCAGCAACACACUGCGUCUCUACGUGACUUAGGAAAUGGAAGCUGCCGUCGAUGGGAUGCGAUGCGCGCUGUGCGGCGCGGGCGCGGACGUGCACUGCGCCGCCGACGCGGCCUUCCUCUGCGCGCCCUGCGACGACGACGUGCACGGCGCCAACUUCCUCGCCUCGCGCCACCGCCGCACGCGGGUCUCCGCGCCUAACAAGGGCCGCCACGACGACGACGACGCGUCCCCGACCUCCUGCUUGUCGACGGCCGACUCCGCGACGCCGCCGCAGCGAGGCCGGGUGGCAAAGCCCCGGACGACGCGUCGCGCGCGCGGCGAGGCGGUGCUCGAGGUAUGGGCCAAGCGGAUGGGCGUCCUCGCGCCGGGCGCGGCGCGGCGUGUCGCAGCGGCGGCCGCGCGCGCGCUCCAGGACGCGCCACGCAUGCCGCUGCGCGUCGCGAUGGCGGCCGCGCUCUGGCGGGAGGUGGCGGCGCAUGGAUCCCGUGAGGUCACCGGCGACGCGCUCUGGCGGCUGGAGGCCUGCGCGCGCGUGCCGGCAAGGCUUGUCCUGGCGGUAGCGUCGUCCUUGGCGCGAGCGGCCGCCCUGGACACCGAGGAGGGCUGGGGCGAGUGCGAGUGCGCGUGAGCCCAGAUCAGAGGCCAGUGUUCUUGUGAUCUUCUUUAACGCAUUGCCUGUUAGUUUACAUUUCUAGACUAGACUAUAGAGAUGUCACGGGCAGCUAAGUGACCGUAUUUCUAACUAAUUAGUUGAAAUGAUUAGGCUUUUGGACUAAUUGUGGAACACAUCAUGUGUUGUUGAUUCACUCAAGAAAGAUGGAAAUUUCAAAGUAAAGAUUGAAAAUGACUGAUGGGUUCACCUGCUGAGGCGUAACCAUGUCCAACUCACCCGUGUAGCGCCCAUACAUAAGAUUGACAUCGUUCAUCGUAUCUAACACAUUGUCCCACAUGUAAGCCUCAGUAGGGUACCGCGACGGGAUUCCAUGAUCGUUCCAUGACAUCUUUCCGUAUUUGACGGGCCACCCAACUUGUAGGUGUUCCUUGCUCCAUUCAAAAAGUAAGAGCAUGUAUUCACCAAUCAUACCUUUUCAGUCAUACGACAAACAUUGUCCAACUGCACAAACACUGCACACAUAUGAGAGAUUAGUUUGCAAACUUGGCUAGAGUACUAUAAUCUACAAAAAUAGUAAACAUAACAAAUCAUCACAUAUCGACACAAGUAGACAAGUGUCGCGAUUCUCCAGCUCCACUUGUGGUCCAAGACUAUCAACGAGCCAACAUCACUAGGUCAACUUCCCAUCAUGGUCAGCAAAGAAAGUCCUAGAUAUGGCACACCACACGUACACUUUGGUGUACACCUUCAUAGUAUCCUCGUUCAUCCCAGCAGGACAUUCCACAAAGUUGUCCACAAUCCACUUCUAACUUGCGCCUGCGGGAGCUCUUUUGGCCUUAUCUUGAGGUUCUACAGGAGCCAUGCCAAUAAGCACCUCCCUCUGCUGGCGCCACCCAUCGGAACAUGUGCUUAUACAUAGUGGCUCGUCCUCGAUAGGAAACCCAAGUAUCAUGAAAACAUCCUAAAGAGUAGGGUCCAUCUCGCCGACCCUCAGGUGGAAAGUGUGCGUCUCGGGCCUCCACCGGUCGAGAAGUGCGGUGAUUGCCGCGGCGUUGAAGUUCGCGGAGCCCGACGUACAAGCGAUAUGAACGGGAGGAGACCAAGAAACUCAAUGUGCUCCGUGUACCGCUCAUCAUGCGUCAUGUCAGUACUUGCCCCGUGAAAAUGAAUCUUCAAGGGUUCAAGAACCUACAAGCACAUAUAGAACACAUAAGAUUAUGCCAUAUCCAAUUGAACAAAACAAGUAGUGUUAAGAAUAAAAUAAGUAGUACCGUCUCUAGCUCCACCUGAUAAUAGGCCCGGUGUUCAAUGUCUUAGUAAUCAUGGAGAAACCACACCAUCUUACAUUUUAUUGGCAAAUACACACAAUAAGUAAUACCAUACAUAUUCUACAUUAUGGUUUUCUCAACAAAUAUGAGCCAUUUGUAAGAAAAUAUGAGGCAUUUCAAAGCAAAUAGGAAUCAUUUCUAAGCAAAUUUUUUGGCAUCUCUAUCACCAUACAUAUAAUACAUCACAUAUCAUACAUGAAAAUAAACCAAAUAAUGUGGGGUUUCAUAUCCAAGGAUCAUGUAGGGUUUCAUGUCUAAACUAAAUCCAAAUCCAUGAAAAUAAACAAUCACAUCUAGUGUUUCAUGUCUAAAUCUUACCAAAUCAAUGAAAAUCUUGGAUGAAAGAAGGGGAUCGGAGGAGAAUACCUCAUUGGAUGGGUUAGGAAGGCACUCCAUGGACAAAUAUGCAUAAAUCCACAAAAUCUUGACAUAGAUUUGAGAAGGCGAGAGAGGAGCAGCCGCUGGUUGUCACAUGGAAGAAAAGGAAAUAAAGAAGAGAGUGAGCCACACAAAAGGGUUAGAUCAGUAAAAUAGUUUAACUAAAUGGUAUUACGUGCAAUAGUUUCAGCAAAGAGUUAUUUUUGUUAAAAUAGCCCCUAGCACCACGCCGGUCCCAGCGAAGAAGAAAUAACCGAAAGUCGCGUGCGACGAAAAGCCAGCUUCAUUCCUUCCGGUACCGGCGAAAGAAUCAGCGGUGUUAAGCUGACAAAACCACGACCGAUAGAGCUACUGCGAAACCAACCAUACGUACUUAGUUCGAGUGGGACGAGGUUUGGUGGCCACUGAUCGCAGUGGCAGAGCGUGACCAAAAGCUUAGGGGGGCACAAAAAAAAACUCUUUUGAGCUAGCCCUAAAUCAACUAUUCACGUAAAUUUUCCUGUAAUUUCAUUCUAAAAUCAAGAGAUGAUUUUUAAUCUUCAAAAUGCAUUUGCUUUCUUGGUUUUAGGAAUUUACUUUCUUGUUGUCGUCAAAAUAUUUUGUUUAGCCAAGACCCGCCAAUGCCCAACAUCGAUUUCUUGAUUCUUGUGAAAUUAGCAUAUUAAGCGACUUGUAAUUUUGUUUCGAUAAAAGUUCUAUUUGUACUAAAAAAAACAGAAGGAGCAGACCCUACGAUCGAUCUACCAAUAGCCAGCAACAAUAAACAUCGGCCAUGAGUCGAUAGCCCAAGCUGAGUUUAAACAAUAAAAUACCUACUACUUUUCUAGAUUGGGCACUAUCCGUCAGGCCUCAUCUCAUCACAAAGUCAAUGACAGUCUACAGACAAGCCGCUGCGUCGAUAUGGGGAAGCGCCCGAUGAGAAAUGAGCGUCUUGCAUGACUACAAGUAUAGAUCUCCACUAAUAUAAAAAGAGAGAGAGAGAGGCAGAUCCGAUCAAUCUAAGCCCUACAUUCAUGAGAUCUAACGAUCUAAAACCACCAGAUGUUAAGCGUCUCAACGCGUUGAGCGCCUCCCGUCUCCACUAACUGCUAUUCUCCAUCUCCCGUCUCCGCUGAUUUAGGCCAACGAGCACUCUCCCUGGACUCCAGCACGAACUCCUUCCCGACGCCUUGUGCGCUCCAAGCCUCCAACUGCCCAGCACAGCCGCAUCACCGCCUCCCUGGCUAGCUGCGUUCCCUACACAAUCGCAUGGUCCGUCGUCGCCCGCCGCCGCACCGGAGGCGGAGUCGGAGGCGUUGCUGCCCCACGCCUUCCAACGGUGAGGCCACCACCGGUUGCCCCUCUCGAUCCGCAGUUGCCAGUGGUCAAACUGCCCACUCUCCUCGCCUGUAGCAGCAUAUGUUGUUGUUGCCCUUCAUCUCGAUCUGGCGCCACCAACGGGACGCGCCGGAUUCGGCGCCGCCAGCCAGUCAGAGUUUUUUUUUUUAGAGAAACAGGGCAACGCCCCAACUCCAAAUAUAUUGAAGCCACCACAGUCACAGUCAUCGUGCAAACGAGCAUCAGCUCCAGGUCCAUACACUAACAUACCUUACAGAACACCCACUCACACCAAACUGAGUUUGACCAUGAAACCCCAGCCACACAAAAACAGACAACCAAAGGCACCGCAACAGCACAGAAAACAUCAAGGCCGACCAAGGACUUGGAACCUUGCACCGUCUCCUACCAGGAACAACUCGUUAGCUUCCAAGGUUCUCCUCAGAUCCUCCGCAGUGAUCAGCAUCGGACCAAGCCCCCUUGUGCAGUUCAUGUCACAAACCUCCAGUGUCG